AGUAGUGGUCAUGUGUUUUGCUAAUACGACGUAACAGAUAAGAUCUAUUCAUUUUUUUUUUUUUGUUGGUCCUUAUUAUGACAGAUUUGAUUCAAUAAAUUGAUUAACAUGAAAAAAAUAAAUACUAGAAAAAAAGAAGACGACAAAGAAAAGAAAGAAGAAAAAAUGACAUGCUAUACAUAUAUACUUUAAUAUGCUUAUGGCGCAAGUACCCGUACAAAUUCCACACAACCUCCACAUUUUAACCUUUGUCUUGAGCGAGUGCAGAGCGAGUGUACGUAACAUUUUUACCCUGAUUUUCUUCGACUAGCGACUUUUGGAGCCAACAGAGAGGAAGCAGAAGAAAUGGAAGAUGCAAGAAAUAAAGGAGGAGAGAGAAAAUCAGGGAAAAACGGAAGAGGAAGCAAAAACAAGACCUGGAACUACUGUUAUGAAGCACAGUUCCCGCUCCCCUUCUCCCUGCUGGCCGCCUCCUGAGCCACUGAAAACACGUCCAUUACACUGCUGGUGGAGCUUCCGUAGCAGGGGGUGUCAUCCGGGCCGAGGAGCUGUAGGUGGAAGUAGGAAGUCAGGAGUGUUGCAAAAGAGAGUAAUUCUCACCUCACACCCUCCACUCGUCUCCCGCUGCCGGCACACCUCAUGUUUAAGAGACUCAUAACAAGAACAGGAGCGUCCCAGUGUCUUUGUUACCUGAGGGAGAAGUCGUGAAUGGAAAGACAGAAGGAUAUAGAAGCAAGAGACAAACAGGAUCAAAUAUAAGAAAAGAUGAACGAAAAGUGAAUGUUACGGUUCACUGCCACAUAUGGGAGUCCAGGGCCUGCUAAAGCUGUGUAAUCUGACCUGCUCAUGCUCUUCUCGCCAACACACAAGCAUUUCAUCGGACGCUUCACAACAUGUCUCCUUGCGGUAAGUACGUGUUCACCUGUCAGUUACCUGGGCAAGCGUUUCAGUAAGUAUUCUUUGUUCUUUUUUAUCACCUGUCUUCACGCACCUGUCCUGUCUUACCUGUCCUAACCUAAUUAACAUCAGUCUUUUCCACCCCUACCGUGUGUCUUACCUUUUUGCUCCAUUAACAUCUUUUCACACCUGUCUUGUCUUACCUGUCCUAAUUAGCACCCACUCCCACCUGCCCAUUCACCCAUUAACGUUCAGUCACACUAAUAUUAACACCUGCCUCAUUAACACCUGCGUGAUUAACUCAUUAUUACCUGUUACCUGAUCCCUGACACCUGUAACCUAACCUAACCUAAUUUGUACAUUUAUCACCUC